CCAAACACUAAAGCCUCGAUCCUCGAGCCAAACGAACCUUCUUUCUCUCACUUUGUGCAAACACAAGACUGCAACCCCUUUCCCUUCACACUCGCACCUCUUUUUUACGGUUCCGGUCAAAGAAAGCUCACUCUAACCCUGGUUUGUCUUGGAACUAUUCCUACUUAAUAACCAAGACAAAUUGAAAAUCCAAUCAAAUCUGCUACCAUUUUCUGACCAGCAUAGUGAUUAGGUUUUUUUUUUUUUAUGGAAGCAAACGAGAAAGCUGCAAAAGGCGGCGAAAUAAACAUGUCGGAGAGAAAACGAGCAAACGGAAACGAAGUGGUGGUGGAGAUUCGAAGCGAAGAGGCCAAAGACGGAACAGAGUCUCCUUCCAUAAGCUCUGAAUAUUCUGGUUCCAAGCAAAGCAAAGUGGAUUUGCCCAAUAUUACUACUACUACUACUGCUGCUGCUGCUGGGUUAUCCAAGUCGGUCCCUUUGAGCUGCCCUUCGCCUGAGAUUGCAAAGAUCAGUGGCAACCCCAAUAAGCCUCCUAAAAUUCCUACUACCACUUCCAAUGAGAAUGUGAUCACUCGCAGAAAAUCGCUCAACAGGUCACUCAUCUCCAAACCCAAGUCAAGGUUUGGCGAACCCUCAGUUCCCAUUGAUACUGCUAUCCUUGAAGACAAUGCUUCGGAAAUAGUUCGAAACAAUUCCUCUUUUAGGAGUUCAUUCAGUAUGGAUUCCCCAAAUAACAGAUCAGCAACAGCUAGAACGGUGUCCAUCACUCAAAAGUCUUCACAUUUGGGGUCUCCGGCAGUUCACAAGGAUAACGAAGAUGAAGAGAUUUACAAGAAGAUCAAGUUGCAUAAUGAGAAGCGUAAGGGAGUAAGCCUCAAGGUGUGGAUUGAGUGGGUGUUCUUUGUGUUUAUCACCGGUUGUUUAGUAGCGAGCUUGACCAUUGAAAGAUUGAAAAAGAGUGGGAUUUGGGGAUUGGAGCUUUGGAAAUGGUUUGUUCUUGUGAUGGUGACCUUCUGCGGCAUGUUGGUGACCAAUUGGUUUAUGCGCAUGGUAGUCUUCGUGAUCGAGAAGAAUUUCUUGCUUAAAAAGAAGGUAAUGUAUUUUGUUCAUGGGCUGAAGAAGGUUGUUCAGGUGCACAUUUGGUUAAGUUUGAUUCUAAUCACAUGGCACCUGUUGUUUGAAGAUGGGGAGAAGCGUUCAAAGAAAGCCACCAAGAUAUUGAGUUUUGUAACAUGGACUCUUGUUACUCUUCUCAUUGGGUCAUUUCUAUGGUUGAUAAAGACUCUUAUGAUGAAGAUCUUAGCAUCUAAUUUCCAUGUUAAUACCUUCUUUGAUAGGAUACAAGAAUCAAUCUUCAAUCAGUAUGUUCUGCAAACUCUUUCAGGACCUCCGCUUGUAGAGAUGGCUGAGAUGGUUGGUAGAGAGCCCAGAACUGGUCACUUGAGUUUCAGGAGUACAAAGAAGGGAAAACCAGCGAAGGAUAAACAAGUGAUUGAUAUGGGAAAGGUUUAUAAGAUGAAGCAAGAAAAAGUUUCAGCUUGGACAAUGAAGGUUCUGGUUGAUGCAGUUGCUAGUUCAGGGCUUUCUACCAUCUCCAAUACACUGGAUGAGGUGGAAGAUGGAGGAGCCGAGCAGACAGACAAGGAGAUUACCAAUGAGAUGGAAGCAACUGCCGCUGCCUAUUACAUUUUCAGGAAUGUCGCUCAGCCUGGUUGCAACUACAUUGACGAGGACGACCUACUGAGAUUCAUGAUUAAGGAAGAGGUGGACCUUGUAUUUCCCAUGUUCGAAGGUGCAGAGACUGGAAAAAUUGAUAGACAGGCUUUGACAGAUUGGGUGAUUAAGGUCUACAAGGGACGGAAAGCACUAGCACAUGCUUUAAGUGACACCAAAACAGCUGUAAAUCAAUUGAACAAGCUUCUUGCAGGCAUCAUUGUUAUUGUAACAAUUGUAGUAUGGCUUCUAUUAAUGGGAAUUGCAACUACAAAAGUACUUGUUUUCCUCUCAACACAGCUUGUAGCAGCAGCAUUUGUGUUUGGGAACACCUGCAAGACUAUAUUUGAAGCUCUCAUGUUUGUAUUUAUAAUGCACCCUUUUGACGUUGGUGAUCGCUGUGUUAUAGAAGGAGUUCAGAUGCUGGUUGAGGAAAUGAACAUCUUAAAUACAGUCUUCUUGAAACUCAAUAACGAAAAGGUAUACUAUCCAAAUUCAGUUUUGGCUACCAAGCCCAUUAGCAAUUAUUACAGAAGUCCAGAUAUGGGUGAUGGUGUGGAUUUCUCAAUUGAUUUUAUGACACCAGUGGAGAAGAUAGGGAUGCUUAAAGAGAAGAUAAAAAUGUACUUGGAAAGGACUCCACAGCAUUGGUAUCCCAACUUCAGUGUGGUGGUCAACCAGAUUGAAAAUAUGAAUGAAGUAAAGAUGUCUGUCUAUGUUACUCACACCAUGACUUUCCAAGACUGGGGAGAGAAGAACGAUCGACGUACCGAGCUAAUCGUGGAGUUGAAGAAAAUUUUUGAAGAACUCAAUAUCAGAUACCAUCUCCUGCCUCAAGCGGUUCAUCUCAGCCAUGUUGGAUCAGAAGCAAAUGCUAUCCACAGAUAAAUUACGGCUUGUUUUUCGUUUCUGCCCAGGGUUCCAGAGCAUCAAUGUUUUUGAAAGAGCAUAUUGAAUGAACAACGGAUUUGACUGAGGAUCUGACGUCGAAACCAUCCAACAACCGUGGAUAGUAGUAUGGUAGAGGAGGUGUCAUCUUUGUGAAGAAAAUGUAACUCUGGUUGUUGCUGUUGUUUCUAAAAAGAUAUUAUCUUGUUGUAGCUAGUUAGGGGACUCUAAUUGACUUUUGUCUUUUAGUAUCAUCCAAAAAAAUUGUCCCUUUUUCUUUUC